CUCAACCAGACAUACGUUUCGCACCGGCAACUAUUGUUGCGAUCUGUGGCUCAGUGACGUUGGAUCGGGAACAAAGGCAGGUGCUUGUAAGAGUGACUGGUUGGCAGAGCUGUGACCUGCACGAGGUGCAUUGGUUGCACUGUCACCCAGUAGGCGCGGUGGAGCCGGAGCGGGGCUUUCGUAGCCCCGGCUGCCCAAGCGGCUGUCAUGGACCGGCUGCGCCCACCGGCCAUCUACGAAUGCACCUGAGUGGCCCUCCAGCCUUUGUAAUCCUGGCGCGAACCACGCCUCCAGUCCCAGCCUGCAGGCGCAGGUGCGCUAUCCAGCCCGUCGACUAGCUGGAGCUGUGGGCGAAACGAUUGGCCAGGCUCCGCCCGAGGCGCCGCCAGUGCAGCGCGACGCCGCGACGGCGGUGCGGCGCGACGCGCUGACGAUCUCCUGGGAGAUUCCGACGGCGACGCCGCCGGUGGAGUACAUGGAACUACAGCACGAUGAAGGAUUUGGUGGCAACUUCACGGUCACGCUGGCCAUCAGGUCCGAGUACACCAGCUAUCAGAUGAACGGUUUGCAGCCGGGCAGCACCUUUCGCUUCCGGCUCCGGGCGGUGAACGCCUACGGCGCCUCCAGCUGGAGCACCGAGAGCGCCUUGCUCGUCUGCGAGCCGCCCACGCCGCCGCAGGGCCUCACGGCGCAGUGGCCGCACGAGCGCGCGGUGCGGCCGCGGCUGUGUUGGACCGCGCCGGAGGAUGUGGGAGGUGGAGCGCACGACAGCCUGCAGAUCACCAGCUAUCGGAUUUGGAUGCACUACGAGGGUUUUCAGCGUUUGGUUGCGGAGGUGCCUGGAGACAAGACCUGCUAUGAGUUGGAUUUGCCGGAGCUCUACAGCACGACGCUGGCCUUCUCCGUGAACGGCAUCAACCAGGUGUACGAGGGUCCUCACACCAACACCGUGGAACUCACGACCACAGGACCACCGGGUGACAUCGUCUCCUUAGACGCCAAUGCCACGGGCACGCUGCUGUCCCUGCAGUGGUCGCCGCCCACCCACCGCGCCGUGCCCUGCGACGCCUCGCUGGCGGAGUGCCGACAGCUGCGGGCGCGCUUCGCGCGGGCGCCCGAGGCCACGGGCUACGAGGUCUAUUGGGACGAAGGCACCGGCGAGGUCCCGGCGAAGCUCUUGGAGACCUCCACGGUCCCGGCGGCGGAGCUGGACCUCUCCAGCUGGGUCACCCACACUCGCAGGUGCUUCCAGUUCCGCGUCCGCGGCCUCUCCGCCGGCGGCGCCGGCGCCUUCAGCGCGGUGGCGCCGGUGGCGCUGGGCGCAGCGCCGUCCGAGGUCUGGGGGCUCCGGGCGAUGCUGGCGCCGCGCGCGGGCGUGGUGCAGAUCAUGUGGCAGGAGAUCCAGCCUUAUGGCUGUGUUUAUUGGUACGAGCUGCAGCUCUUGAAUGUGGUCUAUGGCAACUUCUCCUUGAUCACCAGCGGAGUGGCGACGGUGGAGUUGGAAGAGCUCCACAGCUUGGAUUUGUAUCACUUCUCCGUCCGCGCCUGCGACGUGGGCGCCUGCGGCGCCUGGUCCGCUCCGCUGGCCCUGGUGCCCGCGCGGCCGGACUCGCUCUUCGGCCCCACAGCGGUCACGGCGGCCGGCUACGUGGAGGGGCUGCUGACGGUGUCUUGGGUUGCAGAGGCCUGGGACCGGGAGCCCUUCCUCGACACCUUCCAGGUGCUGGCAGCGUCCGAGGAGGAGGGGCCCUACGUGGACGUGGGCGUGGUGCCUGCGAGCGCAGCUCCACAGCUGAGCUUCGCGUGCAACGAGACGAACAUGAGCAACGCGCUGUGGCCCAGCGCCAUUUACGUGAAGGUCAUCGCCCGCGUCGCCACGCAGUGGAGCACCGAAGCGAUGGCCGCCGAGUCGGCCCCAGCGCGUCUCUUCUGCUCCGCCGCGCCCAUCGCGCCGCCCACCGCGCCGGUGCUGAGCCACACCGCGCGGCCGAGCGCGGGAGAGUCGCGGCUGAGCGUGCAGGGCAGCUUUGACGUGACGGUGGAGCUGUCCUUGGCGGGGCAGGCGCCGGAUGUCGUGGCACUCCACAGUGGUUGGCAGGUGCAGCUGGUGUGGAAAGCAACCAACGAAGUGGAGGAAGUGAUCAUCAGCGAUCCCAACGUGCGGAGCUACGUCUUCGAGGCGCUGCCGCCCUCGACGGACCUGGAGCUCGCCUACGGCGUCCGCUCGCUCGUGGGCGCCGGGCCCUGGUCGCCCGCGGCGGCGCUGCACGUGGGGCUGGCGCCCCUGGCGCCGACGGUGCAGGUCGAUGCCAGCGAUGAUGAGACCAUCAGCUUGUCAUGGACGUGGCAGCCCAGUGUCGAUGAGGACCGGCUCUUGGGCUUCAACAUCUACGUCGACUGGAUCGACGGGCACUUCUCCACCUGGGAUCCCCACGCACCGAGCUUCAGCACCACGGCCUCGGAGUACGUGGUGAACUGCACCCAGCCGGAGGUCUUCGGCGGCCUCAGCCGCUCGCGGCAGCGCCUGUGGUUCCGCGUGGCCGCCGUGAGCGCCGCCGGCGUCGGCGCCGCCAACGACCCGCCUGCGCUGCGGAUCUGCGGCGCGGCGCCGGGCGCGCCGGUGGCGCCAACGGUGCAGGAGGUGGGCGCCUCCUGGGUGCUGCUCGCCUGGACGAUCCCCGACCUGCACGGCGCGCCGCUGCUGGCGGCGAAGGUCACGGUCUUCUCCUCGGUGACGGUCUUCUCGUCGCGCGGCGCGGCGGAUGGGCUGGCGGAGAGGGAGAUCUGGCUGGAGAAGCCAGGAUCACUGCUGAACAUCAGCUCCAACCUCUCGCAGCCCCUGGAACUGGCCAUCUCGGCCAUCUCGGAGCUCGGCGAAGGCCCCCUGUCGCCCUGGCUGAGCUUGGCGAAGCUGGCGCUGCCGCCGCUGCCGCCACGGCCCAGCAUCCAAUCGUCCAGCGACACGCAGAUCGUGGUGGAGUGGUCCUUGGACCGAGGCAAAGAACGAGGUGCUUACCACACGGGCUACUACGUCUACGUCUCGGUGGACGGCACCACCUGGCCGGACGAGGACACCGGCUACAUCGCCACGUGGCAGGACGAGUUCACCACGCAGUACACCAUGGAUUGCACGCUGAGUGCUUCCCUCGGAGGCCAGAGCCGUUCGAAACAGUUCCUUUGGUUCAAAGUGGCCGCUCGCAGCGCCGUGGGCCGUGGACCCCUGUCCACUGCCGUGGCACGCCGCUGCUCGGGGACUCCAUCAGCGCCGCUGAACCUCACGUUGAACUCCUCGAGCUUCGCCGCCGACGGCAUCGGAUGGAGCUUGAUCACCUGGGAGGAGCCCUCCGAGCUGCACGACGCCGUGCUCUUGGGCUACCAGGUCUAUGUGGACGCCAACACUGCUGAUGCACAGGAUCUCUACACCUUGCUGGACGUGAUCGAGGAUCCGGCCCAACGGCUCUUCAAGCACCAAGACGUGGUCCAAGGUCAAAGCUACAAGUACAAGGUCACCGCGGUGUCCGAGACCGGCGAAGGCACCGCGAGCGUGGUGACGCUGGUGCCCGCCGUGGUGCCCUUGGAGCCGCCGGCGCCGGUGUUGCUGGACGACUGCACCAUGGCGUGGUUGGCGGAGAACGGCACCACCAAGGCCUUGUGUUCGAUUGCACAGCGCUAUCAACUGGCAGUGGCCAGUGUCGAUCUCCGAGACAGUGCAGACAUCAACGCACCCCGCGUGAACCCCUUCGUCACGGUGGUCGCGGGGACCGUGAUGACCGUCAGCGAGGAGGUUUAUAGUGCUGAUGGCCGGAUCUACCUGAACCUGCCAGACUUGGGCGGAUGGCUCUGGGAUGACACGCCGCUGGACCCAGGAAAUCCCUUGGCCUAUCGUUUGCCCACCUUGAAGUUCUCCUGGACCUGGUACGACGACGAGGUCCGCGCCCUGGGUGGUCAGCCGCUCACGGCCUGGCACGUCUACCGCUCCGGCGACGGCGUGCAGUGGGACGCGGCCACGGAACUGGCGGCCAGCGCGCGGAAUGCCUCCUAUGACUGUGAGGUGGCGCAGGUGGGUUUGCCCUUCUGGGUGCGGGUAGCAGCAGUGAACAGUAUCGGCGAAGGCCCCGCGUCGGAUGCGUUGAAGCUCCGCUGCGCGCUGCCGCCGGGGAUGCAACCGGCGCCCAGUCAGCUGGACGGAGAUUUGAACUCCAUCAUCGUGGGCUUCGAUCCACAGAAUCUCCACGGUGCAGAGCUCUUCUUUCACCGAUUGACCUACGCCUUGUCGGACGACCUGGAGGGCAUCCUGGCGCCCACGCAGCUGGACGUGCCGGGCGCGGAGCAGCGAGUGAACAUCUCCGGGCUGCUGCCCUUCGCGACCUACGUGGUCAAGGUGCAGGCCAUCACCGAGGCGGGGACCUCUUUGGAUCCAGGUUGGCAGAGCAAUAUGAGCACCGGCUCAGUGGUGCUUUUGCCGCCGCCCAGCUACUUGUCCUCCGAUGGCAGUUUCUUGCAGCUGAGCCUCUCCAACUUGAGUGAUCGAGAAUGGCCGGAAGGCGAACGGCCGGGCUACAACGUGUACCUCACCGCCGACGACCGUGCCUGGCCAGCCACGCCCUGGGCGGUGGCCGACAGUUGGAUCUUCGAGCACGACUGCAGUCGGACGCCGGACUAUACGCAGCUGGACGGCAAUGGUGAUCCCGCCAUUGUGGACCAGAGCUACAACUUUGUUUAUGCGCGCGUGAGCUUGAGCACCGCCACGGGGCUCGGCUACUGGUCCGACGCGGCGACCUUCUACUGCUCGCCCUUGCCCGCGCAGCCGGCCCUCGAGGUCUUGAACUCCGAUGCGGAGCAGAUCACGCUGCAGUGGCCGAACCCCGAGUUGUAUGGAGCACCCUUGGUGGGCUACAACAUCUACAUGGACAAUGGCAUGGGUGGUGAGCUCACCUUCUACAAGCACGUGUCGGCACAGGAGGUGGCCCUCGACGAGACCAACAACACGGUGAUGCUCUCCCUCCACCCGCUGCCCACUGGGCGAUGGUUCCGGGUGAAUGUGACCGUCGCCACCGAGGCGGGCGAGUCGCCGGGGCAGCAGGUGGACGCCUUGACCUGCGACGCGCCGCCCACGCCGGAGGUGCUGAGGCUGUCCACGUCCACGUCUUUGAUUUUGAGGUGGAAUGCCAGCGUGGGCAGCCCUGUUUGUGCGGUGCAUGGCUACGAAGUGAUCUCUGAAGUUCUGAACAGCAGCAGCGAAGUGAACGCAAGCCUGGUCCUACUGAGCUACAGUGGCCUGGCGCCAAAUGACCUGGAGUAUCAAGUCGACAACUUGAUCUCCGAGGCGGAGUAUCGCUUCCGCGUGGUGGCCUCGGUGGCCUAUGGCACGAGCGCCAGUGGCUGGGCAGUGGCCACAGCGGCAGGGGUGCCAGAGAAGAUGGAACCCGUGAGGCACCUUUUGAACCUCUCCUUCUCCAGUGCCAUCUACCUGGAAUGGACUCCGCCCAACAUGAAUGGUGGCACCCCCGUCGGCUACGCGCUCCGGCGCGACGAUGGACCGGGCACCGCCUGGCGCGACAUGGAUUGCAUGGCAGUGGACUGCAGCAGCGGCUGCGAGCUGCAUUCCGUGCAUCGGGUGCCAGGCGCCACAGGUUGCUACGUCUCGGGUCUGCAGCCCGACGGCCUCUACCGCUUCGCGAUCCGCGCGGUGAACGCCUACGGCGCUGGGCCGCUCAGUGAGGAGGCGCUGGUCACGGUGGGCGCGCUGCCGAACGUGCGGGCGCCGCAGCUGGUGAAGGCAAGCUAUGAGAACUGCACGAUGAUAUGGGAGUGGCUUCCUGCAAUUGAGAAUGGCAAGCUGGUGCACAGCUAUGACCUUCAAGUGGAAGAUGCCAAUGCCUCGGGGGUCGCACCGCUGCUCAUCACGCUGGAUGGCAACGCCUCGGCACCCGUACGCACUACCACGGCCACAGUGAGCUCCGACACCUGGCGGGACGCCGUGCCGGGGCGCAGCUACCGCGCGGCGCUGCGCGCGCGCAGCGACGAGGCCAUCAGCGAGUGGUCGGAGUGGUCCGAGAGCCGCUUCUGCAUCAGCGAGCCAGGCCUACCGAACCCGCCCCAGCGCGACUGGUCGGUGACGGUGAAAGCCGGACGGGUGCAGCUGCUCUGGGACACCGUGACGGCGGAGAUGGCGGGCGACGACGAUCUCAGCGAGCUGGGAGUGUCCUAUGAGAUCUGGGGGCGCCCGUAUCCUCAAGGUGACCAGACCAGCUGGCGGAGACUGCACCAUUUGAUGGCACACGAGGGCGCGCCUGCCGUGGCCAUCGACACCUUUUUCGAGACCGCGGUGACCGCCGUGUGGGCCUUCAAGCUGCGGAUCGGCAACCGGAACGGCUACGGGCCCUUCUCGCAGGAGGUUUGGCUGAGCACCGGUCAGUUGCCCUCGGAGCCCGUGGCGCUCAGCGCCAGCGUGGCGCUCAACGGGCAGAUCGCGCUCACGUGGCGGGCGCCGGUGUCGGACGGCUAUUUGCCCCUCACCGGGUACCAGGCGCGCUGCGGGAGCGGCGGCUGGGAAGAAGUGGCGAACACCGAGUUCAGCCACCAGAUGCUUUUCUCCCCACCGUCCGGGCUGGUGACCUGCGAGCUGCGGGCCGUGAACGCCGUGGGGGCCAGCUUGGCAGCGCAGAGCUUCGUGACGCUGCUCUGAGCCACGUGAGUGGCAGGGCAAACAUCCUCAUAUUAUCCCAUAUUCAUACUAGGGGCACUGCCUAGUGACCGAGCGAAACGAAAACCAAGUCCCUUUGGUUUGGUAACGUG